AUGUCCAAAUACAAGGACAAGGAUGGCGGCAUUGUCCUCAGCUUCGGGGGGCAGUGGGUGAGCUGGGCGCACACAAUUGUCGCAUACACCGCUUUCCUGAGCGCAUUGAUCGUCGGCGUCUCCCUUCACUAUCACAAGAUUGUCCAGAAUGAGUUUUACGGAUAUCCCCAGGAGUGGUUCCCGUCCGUGUCGGCGACAAUUGGCGAUCGAUACCCCGAACGGUCUUUUUUCAUGAUCUUUAUUGCCAUCACAUCCGGACCUCGUUUCGCCUUGGUCGGCCUUUUCUACCUUCUUACCCGAAAACCAGGGACCAAGCUGCCCGGCUUCAUUGCUUCCAUGGGUGUUCUUCGCACUCUCACGUGCGGAGGCUGGACUUAUAUCACCUCGACGGACGAUCACGACUGGCAUGACAUUCUCAUGAUUUCGUACAUUGUGGCAACCCUGCCUUGGACCCUGGGAUGCAUUGCCCUGAGCCCGCCAAACCCGCAGGCUAUCAAGUACCGGAAGUACCUUGCUACUGCUUUCUUUGGUACCCUGGUGCCUCUCAUCUACUUCUUCAUUCAGCACAAGGUGCAUCGCGUUGCUGGAGCCUAUACCAUCUAUGCAUUCUUUGAGUGGGCAUUGAUCCUCUUUGACGUUGGCUUUGAUGCCGUUACAGCUCUGGAUUAUAGCACAUUUGAAGUCGUGAUCAGGGAUGUCAAGGGAUUGAGCAAGGGUGAUAACCUCUCGUCCGUCCCGUCUGCUGUCAUGGAGAAAGAAAAGGAAAAGGCAACUGGCGGUCUCUACUCUCUGCGCUUCACCUGGUCUGAGGCAUUGGACACUGCUGCUGACGUUUAUCAUGGAUUUGUGUUCUGGUCCAUGUUGACCAGCUUGGGUCUGGUAGUCUGGUACUUCCCUCUUUGGCACAUGGGCAUAUCCGGAUAUGAAGCUUUUGUUUUAGUCUCCAUUUCUCCUCUGCUCCUUGUUGGACCUCUUCGAUCGGCUGUUAUCAGCAACCAGCGAAUCAUUCAUCUCCUAUCUCUCUCAGGAGUCGCUGCUUAUUUGGUUUUGGACCCCGCUCGUCGUCUGUUUACAGUUGGUUUUGGUGUUGCCAUGUCGACUUUAGGAUGGGUUGCCACGCUCCAUGCCGAGUCCUUGCACGAAGCAAGAUUCGAGUCCAGGAUCCUCGGCCUGCUGGUUGGGCUUAUCCUCUCGUCGACUGCCAAGUUUGCCUGGCAGACCAAUAACCCCAUCUGGCCCAUCAUGCAUGAGGCCAAUGGUGGAUGGAACCUCACUGGGCUUGUGCUUGGAGUCCUGGCUGCGCUGCGCUUCACUCGCAAGGCUCCUUUGACUAGCGGGACCCCUGAUGGCGCCCAGAGAGGCUCAACUGUGCUGGCUGCUUGUGGUGUUGGAGGUGUCUUUUUUGGUAUGCACUCACUGCUAUCUGAUACCAGCACCAUGAUUCUUUGGGUCUGGGAAGGAUUCCCCAUCCGGGGCCCUUAUUUCUCUACGCACGGUUGGUGCACCCUUGCCGCCAUGUCUGCUGGUCUCUUUAUUGGAAUCUGCAAACCCUCUCUUGCUGGUAGCUGGCCACAGUACGCCGUCGGCACCGCUGGUGCAAUGGUUUUGACAUUCUUCAGUCACUGGUUUGGAUACUACGGUGGUCUUGUUAUUGCUGCCUACCUGAUGGCUGUUGCUGUGCCUCUGCUUAGCAACGCUUCCAAGAAGAGCCCUGCCGUUACCUUUGGCCUUGGGUUCUUCAUAUACGUCUUCUUGGUUCUAUUCCAUGUCUGGGUGGUUGCCUAUGCGUUUGUUCCUGGCGGUCCUCUCGUUCGUGAGCAUACUGACUGGAUCAUGUACUCGAUGAUGGGUCUCAUUGGCGCUGGUGUUUACGACUUCAAUGCCUCCCAACCACGCAAGCAGCAGCCUCGUCGCACCUCUGCUUCUCAGCAUAAGAAAUAUUUUGGAUUUGCCACCAUUAUUGUCAAUAUCCUCUUCCUGUGCGCUGCUUUUAUGCGCUUCCCCACCAACGACUACAAGCCAUAUCACGCCAAGGACCGUGUCCUCACAGCUGGUAUUUGGACCAUUCACUUCUCCUUGGACAACGACAUGUGGUCAUCAGAGUACCGUAUGCGAGACCUUAUCAAGGAGAUGGAGCUUGAUGUUGUGGGACUUCUCGAGUCCGACUUGCAGCGCAUCAUCAUGGGCAACCGCGAUACCACGCAGUUCCUGGCCGAGGAUCUGGGCAUGUAUGUUGACUACGGCCCCGGCCCCAACAAGCACACUUGGGGUGCAGCUUUGCUUUCCAAGUUCCCCAUUGUCGAGUCGAAGCACCAUCUCCUCCCCAGUCCAGUAGGUGAACUAGCGCCGGCUAUCCACGCUACGCUUGAUGUGUAUGGCGAACUGGUCGAUGUCUUUGUCUUCCAUUCUGGACAGGAGGAGGACCCCGAGGACCGGCGCCUGCAGUCCGAGUAUCUGGCGCAACUGAUGGGCUCUACUCCACGACCUGCGUUCCUUCUCAGCUACCUUGUCACGAAGCCCCUCGAAGGCAACUACAACACCUACGUCAGCGAGAAGUCUGGAAUGCAUGACGUUGACUCGACUGAUUGGGACCGAUGGUGCGAGUACAUCCUCUUCAAGAAGCUUAAGCGUGUCGGCUAUGCCCGCGUGAGCAGAAGCACAAUUACCGAUACGGAGUUGCAGGUGGCCAAGUUUGUGAUCCCCAACUCUGCCGCCGAAGCCCAGCAGCUAGACUCGGUGUCUGCCGAGGAGCGUAACCGUCGCGUGCAGGAGUCUGAGGUCCCCGAGGGCUGGAGAUUCCCGGCCAUGUUCAGGGGACAGGGUGUUAGAGAUCAUAGAUACCACGUCUUUGAUGAGCCCAGAUACUUUAAUUAA